UAUGUUGCGCUCCCUGAGGCUACGCUGAGGCUACGCUGAGGCUACGCUGAGGCUGAGACUCCUGCACUCCUGCACAACAGUGAUUUAUCGAUGACUUUCGGGGAAAAGGGAAAACUUCAUACGUCAUUUUUGAAGGUGGUUCAUAAAGUCUACCGUCGUUUAUAAAGCACGAGCUCACGGGAAUCUCCAAUAAGACGAUUUCCCACCUUGGAGGGUUUUUUAGUGCAGUGACAUCGGAAUGCUUUGCGUUCACAUUUGCGAUAUCUACAUUUUUUUAAAGGAACUCCAUCUGAUAAGUUGCUUGACUUUUUUGGACGUUUUUCUUGGUCAAGAAUUCACGGGAAGACGAGCACUCUACGCUUUUACGCACGUGGACUGUUCUUUUUUUGAGAUGCUUUGGCAUGCGAUGAGCCUCGCGUGUGCGCUCCUCGCGGCUGUCAGCUCCGUGCUUCCUGCGCUACUGCUGCUCCUGGCUGCGCGGCAGCUGUGGGAGUUCCGAUGGAGCAUCACGCGGGACGCGGCGUGCACGCUGCCUCUCCCACGCGGAUCCAUGGGCUGGCCCCUCAUCGGAGAAACGUUCCACUGGCUUCUUCAGGGCUCCAGCUUUCACAUCUCCCGGCGAGAGAAACACGGAACGGUUUUUAAAACCCACCUUUUAGGGAAGCCCGUUAUACGCGUGACUGGAGCCGAAAAUAUCCGUAAGAUUUUGCUCGGUGAGCACACCGUGGUGAGCACGCAGUGGCCGCAGAGCACGCGCAUCAUCCUGGGCCCCCAUGCCCUGAUCAACUCUGUCGGGGAUCUGCACAAGAAAAAGAGAAAAAUCCUAGCGAGAGUGUUCAGCCGGGGGGCGUUAGAAACAUAUCUGACGCGCCUUCAAGAGAUUGUCAAGUCUGAAACUGCAAAGUGGUGCGCGGAGCUCGGCUCCGUGGACGUGUACACCGCCACUAAAUCGCUGACAUUCCGCAUCGCGGUGCGCGUUCUGCUCGGUUUGCACCUAGAGGAGCCGCGCAUCCGUUACCUUUCCAAGAUCUUCGAGCAACUCAUGAGCAACCUGUUCUCUCUGCCCGUGGACGCACCCCUCAGUGGUCUGCGCAAGGGGAAGAGGGCGCGCGAUAUUUUGCAUUCCACGAUGGAGCGCAUCAUCGAGGAGAAGCUCGCGAAGCAGCACUCCGACGAGUAUUGCGACGCUUUCGACUACAUGUUGAGCGGGGCGAAGGAAAGCGAUUACAGCCUGAGCAUGCAGGAGCUAAAGGAAAUCGCAGUGGAACUGAUCUUCGCGGCGCAUUCCACCACGGCGAGCGCGUCCACGUCUCUGAUCCUCCAGCUGAUGCGACAUCCCGACGUGGCUGAGCGCACGCGGGCCGAACUGGAGGCCGAGGGUUUGGUCCUGGACGCCUGCGGCGCUUGUUUGCGCUGCAAAGAGGGCAGCGCCACGCGCUCAAACGGCGUGCCUGAAAAGUGCGCAGAAGUGGAGGACACGUGCCCCGAUUUUAAAAUUACGCCUCGGUUUGAUAAGACGGGCGGUUUUGAAUCAUUCAGAGACCGGGAAGACGGCCAUCGGUCGCGGUUCCACGUGCCUUACUUGAGUUUGGACAAACUGAACCAGCUGACGUACCUAGACUACGUGGUGAAGGAGAUGCUGAGAUAUCUACCGCCGGUAUCCGGUGGAUACAGGACAGUUCUGCAAACGUUUGAACUCAACGGCUAUCAGAUCCCGAAGGGCUGGAGCGUCAUGUACAGCAUCCGCGACACGCACGAGACUGCCGCCGCGUACCAGAAGCCGGAGCUCUUUGAUCCGGAACGUUUCAGCGCGGAGCGCGACGAAAGUAAAAACAGUCGCUUCAGCUACGUGCCGUUCGGAGGUGGCGUGCGCAUGUGCAUUGGACGAGAAUUUGCUGUAAUUGUGCUGAAAACGCUCUGCGUGGAACUGCUCGCCACGGUGGAAUGGUCACUGGCCACUGAAACGUAUCCAAGGAUGCAAACGGUGCCAAUAGUCCACCCAGUCAACGGGCUCCACGUAAACUUCAACUACAGAAAUCACGCGGGCGGGAGAAACCGCAGGGAGUCCACGCAUAUAUAGAAAUCAGAGCACGAUAGAAACACGAUAGAAACACCGUGCAUUAAUUGAUUCCACGCUCGUCGUAAUGGACUCGUGAGGGACAGAUCGCUGGCGGAAAAAGGACGCGUGGCACGUUCAUGUGAACCUCGUGUUCUACACCGUAGAAAUCUAGAGGCUUUUGCUCUUAUUUAACCUGUUGAAUCAAAUCCCCUUCUGGUACUUCGAGUUCAGUCGCUGCCUGCUGACUGCGCAUGCUCUGUAGAAUCAAAAAAACUUUCUAAAAAGAUUUAGACUUUAGACUUCUAAACAGCUUCUGUUUGGGUUAGGCAUCCAAGCCCGUGUAGGCAACGCUACAUCGCAGUGUGGGAACGAAUGACCAAGUCGCAGUGUUAUCCAGUUAGAGAAAUGUUAACCAUUUAACCAGUGUUUAUCCUACUUAAUGUUUCACUCUGUGUCGUACAAAUGGGUUAUAUAAACAUUUGUUUGUCAAAUGAAGUAGCAUUUUAAAAUAAGCUCUAUUUAUAAUACAUUUAAUAUGGAUAGUCCACUAUGUAAAGAAAAUACAAAAAUGAAAAAAUAUCAGUAGUUAAUAGGAUUAUUAUUGUAAUGAGGAACAGUUAUGCUUACCAGUGUGUAUUAUGUAGUAAUGUGAUUUUGUUUCAUAUUGUGUGAAUGUGCGUUAGGGAGUCAACUGAAUGCAAACUGUGAAUAAGGAUCCUUGCAACAGGAUCGCACUGAAAUAGAGAAGGAGAAACCAACAGCACUUUCACUCUCUGACUGAGUUAUUUUUUAUUUUUAUAAUUAUUAUUUUUUGUAAGUUCGGUUUAUUUAGAUUGUCUUGUUAAUAACUGUAUGAUGACUUUUUCAGGACUACGUGUUUCUCCAUAGGCGGGUUGCUCCAUGUACUUUGUAAUCUGCUUUAUCAGUAAUCGACUGACUACCCAUUCAAUGUUAUCCAUUCAUGUGAACGCCUCGAAAAUAAAGAAAUGGUUUAUGUAUUGUUUGAA